AUGGGUAAUACACACUCAAAUAAUAACAAUAAUGGUGGUGAUGGGGUAUCAGAGAUAAAUAUGAUUGUGGAUUUGGAUGGGAAAUAUCAUAUUGAUUAUAAGAAUAGAAACUUUAAAAAAUUAAAAACUCAAUUGUUUUCAGCUUAUUUUGAAAGUUAUGAAAUUGUUUCAGCAGAUUCAUUAGUAAAUAGUGAUUUCUUUAAAAAUAAAUUGCCAAAAAAAUCACAAUUAAAUAAUAGUGGUGGUAUUGGUAAUAACAAUAGUAAUAAUAACAGCACCAAUAAUAACAAUAGUAAUAAUAGCAGUGACUCUAUAAAUACCGCUAAUACAAAUGAUGGUACCACUGAUAAUUCAACUACAUUAGAAUCAAAAGAAGAAAAUACAAGUUUUUUACAAUCAUCCCCAGUUCCAUCACCAUCUUCAUCACUUUCAAAAAGACAUCAAAGCGAAUUUCAAUUAAAUCCAGAGUUAACUAUCGAUAAAUUCAAUGAAGAGCUUAAUAAUGAGGAAAAAGCAAAAGAAAAUGGUGCAGCCGCAAUAAAUAAAGGCACAGCAGAAUCACCAGCACCUACACCAACACCAACACCAACACCAUCUGCACAAUCAACACCAUCAUCUACACCAUCAUCCACACCAAAACAAAAAUCAAGAAAAGAACGAAAAGAUAAAAAAGAAAAUGUAAACAAUAAUCAGAUUUCAAUAAAUAAUAUAAAAUCAGAUAUAAAAAUUUAUUCUGUUGAUUUAAGUAUUAACAGAUUAGAACAUAUACCAAACGAAAUUCUUUCAAUUAUGAAUACAUUUGGAAUUGAAGAGCUUUGUUUAUCUACAAAUUUCUUCCAUGUCAUUCCAGAUAUAAACUUGGUCAAAUCGCUAACAAGCGUUAAUUUAUCAAAAAAUAAAAUUACAAAAAUUCCAUCAAAUGUUUUUACAGAUUUACCAAAUUUAACAACACUUAUAUUAGAUAGAAAUGGUAUAAAUUGUUUACCUGAAGAAAUUGGUUGUUCAACAAGUUUAAAAUUUUUAUCACUCAAACAUAAUUUAUUAGAGGUUUUACCAAAUAGUUUUACAAAUUUAAAACAACUAGUAACAAUGGACAUGUCACAAAAUAGAUUAAAGUCUUUACCAAACAAUUUUGAAGAUUUAAUUAAUUUGCAAAUGGUUUGGUUAUCAAAUAAUCAGAUUUCAAGUUUACCAUCAACAAAAAAAUUAGUAAAUUUAGAAAUGUUUGAUAUAUCAUCCAAUAAACUAUCAAGUUUACCAAAAGAUUUUGCAUAUUUAGUACCAAAAAAACAAAAUGGCAGUAAUAUAAGAAAUAGUGGUAAUAUAGAUUUAAUAAAUAGACCAAAUAGUUGUAAUAGUAAUAGUAAUAUUUUAGAAAUUUUAACAUUGACAGAGUUGGAAGGUGGUGGAUUAGGUGUAUUAAAAGAAUUAAAUAUACGUGAUAAUAGAGAGUUACCAACCAUACCAGCAGAAUAUAAACAGGUGGAAUCAAAUUUUACACUUAUUACAUCAAUUCCAUCUGAAAUUAUUCCAGGUGUAUUUUUAGGUGGUCUUGAUAGCGCAAAUAAUGCUCCCAUUUUAGCAGCACUAGGUAUUACUCAUAUUGUUCUUGCAAUUGGUGAUUGUGAACCAUUUUUCCCAAAAAAUUUCAAAUACUAUUCAAUCGAUGACGCCAGAGAUACUCCAAAUUAUGAUAUUAGCCAACACUUUGAGCAAACCAAUUGCUUCAUUGAACAGGGUAGAAGGUCAGGUGGCGUAUUGGUUCAUUGUAGAGCUGGUAUUUCCAGAAGUUCAACAUUAAUUCUAUCAUAUCUUAUGAGGUAUCAUCAAAUGACCUUUAAACAAGCCUCCGAUUUUGUUCAAUUAAAGCGUCCACAAAUUUUACCAAACCCAGGUUUUAGAGAUCAACUUUUAAAAUAUGAAUCUAAAUUAUAUUGUAACAAUAUUCUUAAAAAACAAAACAGCUCAUCGUCUCCUUCCUCUUCUUUAACAACUAUAUCAUCGCCCUCACCAUCAUCAUCAACAUUCUCUUUUGCAGACUCCAACAGUAACAAUCCUUCCUGUACUUCAUCACCAAUACUUUCGUCACAUUCGAAUCACAAUAAUAGCAGUAAUAAUUCAUCACCAUUAAAUAAAAUAUAA